UUGGCAUUCAUAGUUAGAAAGCGAAAGCAGUUAAUUUCAACAUGGACUUCUAUUAUCUUCCUGGAUCGGCCCCCUGCGCAUCAGUGAUAAUGACGGCGAAGGCUCUGGGAGUUGAGCUCAACAAGAAAUUGAUUAACAUCAUGGAAGGCGAACAUCUGAAACCGGAGUACGUGAAGAUCAAUCCACAGCACACAAUUCCAACACUCGUGGACAACGGUCUGGCUUUGUGGGAAUCUCGUGCCAUUCUCAUCUACCUGGUUGAGAAGUACGGCAAGGACGAUUCUCUCUAUCCCAAGGACCCAAAGGAACAAGCUUUAAUCAAUCAGCGACUGUACUUCGAUAUGGGUGUUUUGUACAAGUCAUUUGGUGACUAUUACUACCCACAAAUUCGUGAGGGCAAGCCCGCUAAUCCAGAAGACUACAAAAAAAUUGAAACUGCUCUUGAUUUCCUGGACACAUUCCUGCAAGGUCAGCAAUAUGUUGCUGGCGGUCAGCUGACAAUCGCUGACAUUUCGAUUCUGUCCUCCGUUUCGACAUUGGUCGUAAUGGGCUUCGAUCUUAGCAAGUAUCCCAGCGUUGCCAAGUGGUUCGAGAAUGCCAAGAAGGAGACCCCCGCAUGGAAUGAAGUCUGGGAAGGUUUGCAGAAGACAAAGGAGUGGAUCGACUCCAAGCUCAAGGCAGUGAAUGCCUAAAUUAUUUUCUAUAAUAAUGAAUUGAAUAUUCAACUAAAUAAAUGUAAUUGUACAUAGUUAACAAAGAGGUUACUUAAUUUUAUCUAUUACGUUUAGAUAUGAAUAUUUAUUUGUAUACAUUUGCAAGCAACAGUCUGAGGAGUGACUCAACUUGUCUACUAACUAUACUUAAAAUAAUUCAAGCAAAUUAUGAUUCAGUUCGAUGAUUACGCUAAAUUUAUAUGUGGGUUUUAAUGGUCUUGAAAAUAGCCAGAUAUAUAAUUUAUCGCACUGAUGAAAAUAAGUAGACGCCCGCCUGCCCGCCCGCCGUCCCCUGAAUAAAGGACACAAUAAUUGUAAU